UGUAGUCCGCCCACAGAAGAAGAAAAAUAACAUGGCGGCUUCCAUUAGGUUGCUCGCUCGGAGAAUAGUUCGUGAUGCUUCUCGAACUGUCAACAGCAGUGUGUCUGGUCGAAUAGUCAGUUCGAGUUGCCCUUCAAAUCUUUCAUCUUGUCGAUGUUUCAGCGAUGGUGCUGCGGACAAAAGUACACAUUUCGGCUUCGAGACUGUGUCCGAAGGAGAGAAGGCAGAGAGAGUUUACAAGGUGUUUGAGAGCGUGGCCCCGAAGUAUGAUGUGAUGAAUGAUGCUAUGAGUCUGGGGGUCCACCGGCUCUGGAAGGACAUGCUACUCCAUGUUAUGAACCCCCAGCCAGGCAUAUGCCUACUGGACGUAGCUGGAGGAACAGGUGACAUCUCCUUCAGAUUCCUGGACUAUGUGAGGUCUCAGCAGGAGCGUGUUGCACGGCGGACUGCCCGGGCCAACCAGACCCCCUCCUGGCAGGAGAUAUCAACCAGCUACACGACCCCCACGGAGGGAAUAGAGAUGGAGACAGAGGCCAGAGAGUCCAGGGCUGUAGUCUGUGACAUCAACAAGGAGAUGUUAAAAGUGGGCAAACAGAAAGCGGAGAGCAUGGGCAUUAGUAGUGGUCUGUCCUGGGUGGUAGGAGAUGCAGAGGAACUGCCUUUCGAUGAUGACCAGUUUGAUGUGUACACCAUUGCUUUUGGCAUCCGUAAUGUCACCCACAUAGACCUGGCUCUACAGGAGGCUGUACGGGUGCUGAAGCCAGGGGGAAGGUUCAUGUGUCUGGAGUUCAGUAAAGUCACCAACCCCCUGCUGGCCAGGCUCUACGAUGCCUACAGUUUCCAGAUGAUCCCAGUGCUGGGGGAGGUGAUCGCUGGCGACUGGAAGUCCUAUCAGUACCUGGUGGAGAGCAUCAGGAAGUUCCCAGACCAGGAGACAUUCAAGCAAAUGAUUGAGGAUGCAGGGUUAUUUUCUGUCCGCUACCACAACCUGACAGGAGGAGUGGUGGCCCUACACUCUGGAUUCAAGCUGUGAACAGAGCAGUGCUGAUCUAGGAUUGGGUACCCACUGUCGAUUUGUAAUUGUAUUCAUUAGGAUCUAAAAGGCGAAACUGAUCCUAGAUCAGCCCUCAUACACUGAGACAUUUUAUGAAUACGGGAACUGGACUUAACUCUAACCAGUCAAGGCCGAGGCCCAGUGUCAGACAGACAGCUCCUCUAGGGUAUGUGUGACUGGGGUUUUAAACCCAAGCAGAUUCCACCGCAAACGUCAAGGAAACAAUAUACACAGAAAUGGAAACACUGACAUGCUGGUUACAAUAUUUGUGUAUUGUAUUUAUUUUUCUGAUGGUUUGAGGAAAGGCUGGCUUUUCUCAGGGGUACAAUAAAUAAUCUAUUUGGCAAGUUUCAAUGUGAACCCAACCUCUGCUCACAGGUCCUCUAGAAGCCAGAAGUUCUGUCCCAAAUGACACCCUAUUUCCUAUAUGGACCCUGGUCAGAAGUAGUGCACUAAAAAGGGAAUAGGGUGCCAUUUGGGAUGUAGCCUGAGCGACCAAUGGGAGGAGCACUUAGCAAAGGGCGCAUCAUGACAACUAUUUAAAAUCUCAAUCUUUUUUUGUAAUGUCAACUGGUUUUACAAUAAAAGUAAAUGCCUAAGUCCUCUAUUGUGCUUUAGCAAUCCAAUAUUGUUUCCUGCUUUCAAAAUAAGUACUAACUUCUGUGAAACAUCUAUAAAUGCUUGAUUUAGUCACUUCUCUCCAUCUUUAUAGAGCAGUUCUCCCAUGUGAAGAGUCAUACUACCCUCAUCUGGUCAACUGGGAAACUACACUGAUCACUCUGAAAGUUAUGGACUGAUAUGGUCCCCUCUUGCCAAAACUUGACUGAACCACACAAAGCCACUAAUUGUGUACAAAUCAAUCAAAUAAAACUUUAUUGAAAGCCCA